AUGGCAAAAGACGAAAGGACACCACUGCUGAGAACGAGAAAAGAAAAGAUCCGAAAUUCCAGACUCUUGCUGGCGGUCUUCUCUGCUGUCCUGGGAAACUUCAGCUUCGGGUAUUCCUUGGUGUACCCCUCCCCAGUCCUGCCCGAGCUGCAGGGUUCAGAUUCUGAUCCCAGAUUGAGGAUGAACACUACACAGGCAGCCUUAUUUGGCUCCAUCUACACUCUGGGGGCCGCUGCCGGGGGGCUCGGGUCCAUGUUGCUCAAUGACAUGUUAGGCCGAAAAAUGAGCAUAAUUAUAUCUGCCGUUCCAUCAUCUAUCGGGUACAUGCUGAUGGGAGGGGCUUUCAACUUACGAAUGCUUUAUGUGGGGCGCUUCCUCACAGGUUUAGCUGGAGGAAUGACAGCUUCAUCCAUACCUGUGUACAUCUCUGAAAUCUCCCAUAAGGCAGUGAGAGGGGCUCUGGGUUCCUGUCCUCAGAUCACUGCGGUGUUUGGGUCAUUAACUCUUUACAUACUUGGCUUGUGGGUGCCCUGGCGCUGGUUGGCCAUCGCAGGAGCAGUGCCAGCGGUGAUAAUGGUUGUACUGUUGUCCUUCAUGCCCUCUUCUCCCAGGAGACUGCUGUGUAUCGGCAGAGAGGAGAAAGCAGAACAGGCUCUGCGAUGGCUCAGGGGCCCUGACUAUGACCCCAAUCCAGAGCUCAGUGGAAUACAGCACAGCAUCCGCAUGCAGAAGAAAGUGUCCUGGUCUGAGUUGGGCACACCUGAGUAUUACAAACCAAUCCUUAUCUCUGUUGGGAUGCGCUUCCUCCAGCAGAUGACAGGCAUCACUCCAAUCCUCAUUUACCUGCAAACCAUUUUCACCAAGAGCAAAGUGUCCCUCCCGCCUCAGUAUGAUGCGGCUCUGGUGGGAGUGAUACGACUAUUGUCCGUCUUAUUGGCAGCCAGUUUAAUGGACAAAGCUGGGCGCAAAGCGUUAUUGUACACGUCAAGCAUGCUCAUGUUCCUCUCCUCUCUGACGUUGACGAUCACCUCCCACAGCACUCCUUGCCCUGGCUCUCAGAACAGGACAGCCCUGAACUCCCACUAUGCUCUAGGCAACGGAACUACAGCCCUGGCCCAGACUGAUACGACUCUUAUUCCAGUCAUAAGCACAAUGGUGUUCAUCUUUGGAUACGCCAUGGGCUGGGGCCCCAUCACCUGGCUGCUGAUGUCAGAGGUGUUGCCGCUGGUGACGAGGGGUGUGGCCUCAGGGCUGUGUGUGAUGGUGAGCUGGCUGACGGCCUUCGCGCUCACGUACGCCUUCAGCCACAUGUUGGAUUACGGCCUGUACGUGCCCUACCUGCUCUUCACCGUGGUGUGUGUCCUUGGCUUGCUCUUCACGGCCGUGUGCAUCCCAGAGACCCGCGGGCGCUCGCUGGAGGAGAUUGAGAACUACUUCAGGACGGGACGCUCCUUCACUAUCACCAGCCGCAGCCCCUCCCUGCUGAAUUCCACCUGA